AUGGACGAGGAUACGGACCCUGUCGAGCCUGCCAGUGGUACACCAAACCACCCGAUAGAGAUCUCUGACGGAUCUUCCUUCCACGGAUCGCCCUAUGUUGGUCCUGAUAGCUUUCAAGCCAUGUUUACCAGGCACGAAUGGUACUAUACGCCUCCUCGCCAUUCGCCGCCUCAGCAGCAGCAACAGCAGCAACAAGACCCCUCUGAGGAUCCAAGGUUCGUGGCAGUCACGCCACCACCUCCUCCGCCACCAGUUCAACUGGCACCCCCGCAACCACCAAGGCGUAGGAUAACCGGAGUGCGUAUGUCUGCGCGAACAGGAGACUUUCAUUUUAGUUCUCCACGCCAAUCAAGUGGCAGCCACUACCCGCCACAUCAAGAAGAUCCACAAAUGGGUGGGCCUUCGCAACCAGUUGCACCGCAACCCCCGCCUAUGGGUUUUGAUAACCCAAUUCCGGCAUACACGGGUUCCAUGGCGUACAACCCGUUUGAACCGCCAGUGCACAACAACUACAACUAUGCCGAAGCAGACUCGUACAUGGUAACGGUUAACUAUAACAAUCAAGGACCCUAUGGAGAUCCAUGGGGAGUAGGAUACCCAACUCAUGGGUACCCGAUACCUGCCAGACCUAUUAUUCGGGCGCAAUCGCAACCACCAAAGUUCUCCCCACCAGAGCAUGAAGAAAUUCUGCAAAGAUUGGACUAUGUAGAGCGAGAAUUUCACAGGGAGCGAAGGGAGCGAGAAACGUUCUUCCAAGGAUUGACAAGCUUGAUCAAAGGGAAGAAUAAGAAGGACCGUUGA